AUGGGCCAUGAUCAGCGGGACACCCUGAAAGAUGAGCAGUACUACACUCCAUUCUAUCAUAACACCAUGGUACGCGACCGUUUCUUCCAUAUUUUGAGAUUCCUGCAUUUUGAGAAUAAUGAAGCUCCUCCAAAUCGAGAUGACCCAGAGUACGAUAGGCUCUGGAAGAUUAGAAAAAUUUUCAACAAUCUUAACAGCAAAUUUUGUGAACUUUACUAUCCAUCAGAACAUCUUGCUGUUGAUGAAGUGAUAGUGCUGUUCAAAGGGAGUGUUUUUUGGCAGUAUACUCCAAAGAAACACAAAAGAUUUGGAAUAAAAAUUUACAAGCUUUGCGAUUCUCUGGGCAAUACAUAUGACAUGGCUGUUUAUUUGGGGAAACAAAGGAAACUUGCAACCGAAGAAAUUACAUCAACCCAUGGCAUUGUUCUCCAGCUAAUUCAAAGAGUAGAAGGCUCAGGACACAAACUUUAUAUGGACAGCUAUUUUAGUUCCCCUGCAUUGUAUGACGAUCUUCUAGAGCGUAAAAUAAAUGUGUGUGGCACCAUUUGCAAUGAGAGGCGUGGGAAUGCCACAAGAAAUUUGGCCCAAAUCGAUGAAAUUGAAAAAAAAAAAAAAGGAUAUUGUGACAAGAGUGAAGGGGAAUCUAAGUGUUGUUCGUUGGAAAGACAAGCAUUAUGUGUAUGUUCUGACGAAUAUGCACCCUCCUCCAUUGGAGGAGAUGAAUCUGGCCAUGCUAUCAAACCUCAUGUAAUUGAAGACUACAAUGCACACAUGGGCUUUGUGGACAAAUCUGAUAGAAUGGUGAACAGCUAUGGCAUUGCUAGGAGGACAUGGAAAGGGACGAAGAAAUUAUUUUCCCACCUCCUAGACAUGACUAUUCUCAAUGCAUAUCUGUUACACAAGUCAUGUGAUGGAAAAAUGACGCACAAAAAAUUCCGCGAAAUUCUGGUGCGUGAUUUGAUUCUUCAAUCACGAAUAUCACGGUCAGUGGCGUUUCUUGGGGGGAGGCCAAGUUCACCUGGGGCCCAAGUGAGUCGACUGGAGCUGAUACAUUAA